AAAUUGUUGGUGGAGGGAGGCCAGAGGCAGUGUGACGAGUCACACGAAGUAGGGGAAAACACUGAUCGUAUGCCUUCCACCCGCCAGUUUGAAAGCAACCUCCGUCAUGAUCGCGUCAGCUGGUCUUUAGUUCCACUUCGAAGGUGACCUCGUGCGCGUUUCAAACCGGUUCGUAUAUACACACACGUCGAGGAGGAGCGUUAAGGCGCUCCAACAGGAGAAGAAAAGUAUAAUCUUCUCACGGCAUUCUGGAUACAAAAAAAAUGCUGUUGAUGAUGAUAAUGAUGAGAAGAAAAUACUUGAAAUAUCGGGAAAACUUAACGAACCGGAUGGAGAAUUAAUUUCUACCCCAAAAAAACAGGAUGGAUUAUCGGCGACAUUAUUAAGACAGAUGGAUAACAUCGGCUGGAUUUUUUAUAACCCUUUUUUGAUUUUCCCGCAUUAAUACAACACAAUGGCGAAAAAAAGUGAAUUUGGUGUUUGUGAAUUGGUGUUUUCUUUUGUGUUGUUUCUGUGUUUUUAUUUAUCAAUUCCAGGCAGUGUGCGCGCAGAAAAUUUAAAACCCGCUGGAAUAUGCGCAAUGAACGGAUGCAAUUGUACAGUAAAGGCGCACCAUUGGAUUUUCGUUAAAUGCGUCUUUUCUGAUGAUCAGGAUGUCGAUCUACUCGAAGGAACAAUUCCAGAGGAUACAAUGGAGGUCGAAGUGUCACACUGUCGUGAAUUAAGAAUUCAAACCGGAGCCUUUACUGGCGGUACACAAUUGAAGCGUGUCCACGUUUCGGGAAUUUACACAGUUGUUGCCAAUCGACAGGCAUUUCAAAAUUUAUCAGCUCCAAAUCCAUUAUUGGAAGUAUCGGAAUGUAAUCGAGUGAUACUCGAGAGUCAUGCUUUCAAAAAUACGAAGGGUCCCCUAAGCGUUUCCAUUUCCAGAUGUCGACACGUCACAAUAAAGCCCAGUGCAUUUUCCUGGCUUCUACAAAUUACCGUCCGUGAAGUUCCCAAUUUGGAACUCUCCAGCAACGCCUUUAAAUUCGAGACACCACAACAUGGACGUCAUGGACCAGCGACCAAGAUUAUGUUCCAUAGUGUAAAAAUUCCAGAACUGCCAACGGCAGUGUUUCCAUCGACAGCUGCAGAAGUUCGCAUGGACGAUAUUUGGACGAAAGUAAUACGCAAAGAUGCAUUCUGUUCGAUGAACAUUCUCAGUGUUAUUAUCAGUAAUGCUUCAAUAUUUGAAAUUGAAACUGGAGCGUUCAAUGAGCGAACGUUAAUUCACAGUUUAGAAUUUGUUGAUGUGAGACUAAAGACCAUUCGAUCUGGAGCCCUUAGGGCCGGAGCUAAUAAUCUAACCAUUCAGUAUUCAAGACUGACGGAGGUGGAGAAGGGAGCUAUCGAUAUUUCCGUAGCGACGGUGACAUUCAACAACAACGAGUUCCAAAAUCUUCGUCAAGGAGCAAUUAUUUUUCAUCAAUGGAAUCGAUUGGCGAUUGAUUACAACAUGUUUGAUUAUCUCGAAGCGGACGCGAUAUCAGCACGAACUGAUGCGACAUCAGUAUCGAAUUAUGAAUUCUCCUUCUUUGAAAAUCGUCUCUCGACAGUGAAACCAGGAGCUUUAGCUUUUACCAAAAUCUCACAGAAAUUAAACGCAGCCCGAGUGAGUAACAAUUACUUCAAGGAGACUUGCAACUGCAAUAUGGAGUCCUGGGUCCGAAAAUUAGUCACCGGUAAUAGCUCCAUCGCCUGGAUGAUGGAUACGAGUUACUGUCUUGUGGAUAAAGUCCUUCGCAAUUGUUUUAAUCUGCCAGAAGGGAAUCUAGGCAUGAAGAAUUAUACAAAAACCAUAUGCUCCAAGGGUUUUCGGAUCAAUUGCACUAAUCCGCUGACAAAGCUAGAACCAAGUCCCAGUCCCCCGAGUGUUGGUCCCCACAUCUAUCCGCGACAACGUGGAUACUUUGAUGUCGAAAUGAGUGAUCCCGAUCAGCUGGAGAGGGAAAAGCGGAUUAUAGUGAUCGCGUGCGUUAUCGCCGUGUUCUCCGUAUUAGUAGUGAUCCUAACCUCAGGCAUUCUCUACAUGAGACGACGAGGAGUGUGUCCAAAGUUAACAUCAAACUCUUUGACGAAUUUCGCCAAUUCCUGGUUCUCACCAACGAGUGGAAUGACUGCUGCAACGUCCGCACGGUCAAUCUCCCGUUUGAGUGUACAUGAAUACGCGGGUCUACAAACAGAGACGAGAAUUUUGGAAAUCGAAACCCAGGUACCGGUUGAAGAGGAAGAAGGCGCUUACGCGUACAUGGAGAACAAGGCGACGCAAACCCUCCCCGAAGAACUCACGGCCGAGAACUUGCAAAAUCUCAAGGACCGUCUGAACGAUCCGGAUAAUUACGGAGAAGCAAGGGACAUGAUCGAGCAUCUUUACGACCUUGUCAAGAUCGAAGAAAGUUGUAAUAAUAACAACAACGAGGGACGCUUUUCCCCCAAUUUGGAAGAAGACAAUGCUUAUGAUAUCAUCAUACCCAAAUCGAGAAAAAUCAAGAUCAUUCCCAAGCCAACCGCAACUAUUGGAACAAAAAUUCCCUCCCUCGAGAAACUAUUGCCAAUCACAAUUCGCACAAGACCGCAAAUUGUCGAGUACGCCGAGCCACGCGAUCAUCGAAUCAACGAUCAAAAUCAUCUAUACGCAGAACUGCCGGGCGAUGAGACUGUACCCAGCACCAGUAGACUCGCAUCCCGAGCACCACAGCCCCUCCCACCGGAUGUUGUCAAUGAUCAUAUCAUCAGCGAGAACUACAGGUUCUCCGAUACCAAAGACGAUGAUGAUAGAAUGGAGAAGUCCCGCAAUCAAUUGGCAAAAGCUAAUUUUUUCAAAAGUCUAGGCGAAAGUAUUCUUGGAUCGACGAAAAUUAACGGCAUGAGGCCGAAUUCAUUGCUCUGCGAGUACGCCGAACCAACAGACGCAACGGCGCAUCUUUAUUCCGAAUUGUCGGACAAUCAGAGUACGAUGCCAAUUAGCAAAAUGGCAAAUCGACCUUUACCUACGAAACCGGAUCAGCCCGUAAGUGCGAAUCAAGGAUGACAGUCCCGCCAUUUAAAGGCGUGACCGCGAUCCGCAGCUUGUCUGUGAUAUUGUGAUUUGUGACUUUUUUUAAUCUUGUAUUUUUUAUAACUAUAUAAAUAUGAUUAUCGCGGAGGGAGCUUCUCAGACUUUUCUAAUUCAAGUGCCACACAAUUUACUUGUGAGUUAAGACAUUAUUAUUAUUGAUGAAUGUUGAAAAUUACACGCUUCGAAAACUAUUUUGUGUGUAUGAAUGUCUGAUUUGUGAUAUUAUGCAAAGAAACAAAAAAAUAACAAACGAAAGAAUUUGGAAAAAAUUUUCGAAGAAUGUUGCGCAAUUUUUUAUGGCAUACGAAAUUUUUCACUUGCUGAAGCUGUGAAUUCAUUUCUUGCUGAGCGAAAAUGUUUUUUUUAAAAAGUCUUAAUAAUUAUAUUGUAAAUAUUGAAUUUCUUAAAUGAAAAAAAAAUUUUAAAUUUCUUUAACAUGAAUUUAAAGAAUAUAUUUUUAAGAGGGAUAAAUUCUCAAAAAGAUUAUACAUAUUUUCAAGACCAAUGUAUUUUUAAAGAAGAAAGUACUUUCUAAAAGAAUAAAUUACUGAGAAUAAAAUUUAGAAUACUGAUUAUUUAAAAUAAUUAUAUCUAAAGAAGAAUAUUGGUAUUUUUUAAAAAUUGCACAUUUUGAAGAAAUGAGUAAGAAAAGUAUAUAGAAAAGUACUUCAACCUGAAAAAAAAUGUAUUUGAGAUAAAAUAUAUUUUUAAGAAAAAUACAUUUGAAAAUGCAUAUAGUUUUAAGAAUAAAAUGAGAAAAUAAAAAGACGAAUGAAAUAAUUCUUGAAAAGAGUUGAUACAUUUUUGAAAAGGAGUAUUUUUAGAAAAAAAUAUAUCGCGCUUGUUUACGGUUUAGAAGAAGUUCAUAGCUUCAAACAUUCUUCCAAUUUGGCAAAUCACAACAGUGAUAUGACUGAAUUUUUUUUAUGUUAAAAAGUGUCCUUUCAAUAUGAUACUUUAUAUAUUUAUAGUUGAUGAAUGUAAUAUAAUAUAUGCACAUACUUACCUCAACAAAAUAUAAUUAAAGUAUUACAACGAAUUUUAUUAAAACUCUAUCGACGAAAGAUGAAAAAAAAGCGUUUUUUUUUCUUGAAUUUGUUUCUUUCUCUAAUAACAUUUAUUCCCACUGUGAUCCUCUUUUGCCUUGUGAAUUGUUUUUUCAUUAUUAUCAUUGCUCACGAAAAGUAAGAUUCGUUUUGUCAACUUUCUUUGACAUAUAUAUUAUGCAUAUUUUCUUUGUGACAUCCGAACGGGGGUGCAGAUAGAAUUGCUCAUUUUGGUGUGUCACCCGUUGAGAAAGAUAUUCUUGUUCUCUUAUGGCGCAGAGUUGGCGAGACCGAACUAUUUCUCUGAAGAAUGUAAGUCAGGAGCAAAUGAAGUCGACGGGGUCUGGAUUGCAGCUGUUGACGGUUCAACAGGCCAACGUUUGCCUGUCGCUUUUCAACAGAAGGAGAAAGAUAGAGAGAGAGAGAGAGAGAGAGAGAGAGAGAGAGAGAGAGAGAGAGAGAGAGAGAGAGAGAGAGAGAGAGAGAGAGAGAGAGAGAGAGAGAAAGAGAGACUAAAGUACAAGGGAAAAUUAUGCAUUCACUUUUCACAUCCCCGAAUGAGAACUUUCAAGAGAAAUAAAUGUUUUACAACGUUUAACUAUUCAGUUUAAACUGUUUUCUACAUUGCGUUUCUUAUUUUCAAUUAAAUUUACUUCCUUUGUUUAUUGAAUAAGGUAAACUUAUAUUUUAAUUAACAUAUUUUCAACGCACAUUUU